UCUCCUUCAAUGAGCCAUAUUUCUGAACUCGCUUACAGACCCCGUCCUAAUCGUCUCAGCAAAUAUCCGGUUUCUCUAGUCGAGCCUAUCUGUUGUGGCCCCCACGGCAGGCAAAACGAACAGGACGAUCCCCAUGACAGGGAUGCUGCCAAGGGUCGAGUUGGUCUGAGUGAGGCCAACGGCGCGGGAGAAUCGCGUGAGGCCUCUCCACUUAAAGACGUGUCUGGUCUUUUGGGCGACUCAGCCGAUCGCAAGCGCGUCGGUGAGGUCCAAGACACCCGGUUGGAUGGGGUUUAUCCAGACCAGGAUAAGGGGUUGGCGAGGGUUUCUCGCCCCACGCGAUCCAUGCCACAGGAAGCUUCACAGGUGUCGACAGGGAGUCGAGAGGACGCGCUAUCAAAGAGGUAUCGUCUUGAAACGCCGUGUAUUUCUCCGGUCAGGAGCCAAUACGGGUUGUCGAACGCCAAGACAGUCGAUCCACUACCGCCACGGUCUCCACUGCAUCAUCUUGUUCAGAUUUUAGUUCAAUCUGCACGUGAAGAUGAAAAACUCUUAUUCCUAGCCCAGUUAGCCGCUUUCAAAGCAUCAAGAAAUAUUCGAAUUCUGGAACUUUACUUCGAAGGGAUGGAGCAGAAUACGUUUUAAGGGCAAGCCACAGCUUCGAAUGUAAAGAUCAACCUUCUUCCUCUCCCUCCUUCCCUCCUCUUUGAAACUAUUAUGCUAAUCAUAUUCUGCUAUUUAUGAAUCGUUUCACUUCACAUUUAACUAUUUAUGCUUUGAUCACACCAAAAAAGUGUGGCCAUCCACUGUUGCACAUACGCGAAAACUAUUGGACCUCAUUACAGGUCUACAUAAUGGAUGGUAUAAAAAUAAA